GUAGUACGCAGAGUAUGAUGACGCAUGUGUUGUUGUUGUGGCUGGGGCAGGAGGAGCUUUGCUGUGCUGCUGAACUUAAUCCUCCGUAAUGCGACCUGGAUCUUUUGUUAGAUUUGCUCUGAAUGCGUGCACACACACCGAAAUAAAUCGCUAAAUUGCUGCUAAAUUGUGACAUGCACCAAGUAGGCAGGGAACAGAUUGUUAGUUAAGGUUCGCAGUGUGGCGAGUUUGAAUGCUCGGCUAACUGCAUGAGUCGCUUCUGAUCUGCCAUCUGAUAGUCGGCGAGUUUCUUCUGCACCGAACAUGUUAGUCAACCCUACACGUGGAUAUCACUGGUCGGACGCAGAGACCAGGGCAUUGCUCAAUAUCUACGGCGAACACGACGUGCAGACUGCGCUUGAUGGAAACUUUCGGAACAGUCACGUUUAUCGAGACAUCUCAGGUCGGUUAGGGCACAUGGGCUACGAUCGGACCCCAGAUCAGUGCCGGGUGCGAGUCAAGAGCCUGAAAAGGCAGUAUUUCCUGGCUAAGAAAGCCGCGCAGAAAAACGGACAGUAUCCCAAAAUGUUCAGGUUCUACGAUGAGAUGGAGAGGAUCCUUAGCAGUAGGUCAGCUGCUGGGCUGGACACUCAGGACUUGGACGGCGUGGGUGCUGAAGGGGAUGAAACCAUGGAUGGUGAAGAUGAUGGGGAGAGUCUAGAUCAGCCGCAGGAGUCAGACAUGGACGGUGCAGGAGAAUGCUCCAACAUCGACUACCCUGUUAAAAUCGAGUACCCACCAUAUCCCAUUCCAGUCACAGUGGGCAGUAGCAACGUUGUUCCAGAAGUUCCACCUCAACAGAGCGACAUGCAGCCUGCUAACAUGGGAUCUUCAUCCUCGAGUAGACGCCAUCGAAAGCGCUUUACAAACAUGCCCCUGGAAAAACUGAUGGAAAAGUUUCUGGAACAGAGUUUAGAUGCUGAGGAGACCUUUUAUAGGAUUGAAGAACAGCGUCUUCAAGCGGAAGAUCUCCGCAGGGAAGCGGAACACACCAGAGAAAUGCACAUGCUGCAGAUGCUGGGUCAAAUGUUUGCUGGUCUGACCACACCCCAGCAGCCCCGUAACCUGCCCACCGGCCCCCCUGUACCCCCCUCCGGACCACCUCCACGUGUUUUUUGCGGGAACCUCAACCAUCAAGCCUCAAAGACUGACUACGUGAAACACAGUCAGCCGGCUGCUCCAGUUAUAGAGCGGACGUUCUCCCUGGGAAGAGAAGCACACAGAAGCAUGAGCAAUAUCCUCCCAUUGGUUAAAAAUACCAUUCCGCCACUGACGUCCAAAAAGCACAAGGGUCAAGACGGUCGCAUAGGAGUUAUAGGGGGAUGUCGAGAAUACACUGGAGCACCUUACUUUGCUGCUAUUUCUGCUUUAAAAAUAGGCGCAGACCUGUCCCAUGUUUUCUGCACCAGAGAUGCUGCCACUGUAAUCAAGUCUUACAGCCCUGAGCUUAUAGUUCAUCCUGUGCUAGACAGCCCCGGUGCCGUGGAGGAGAUAGAGAAAUGGUUGCCAAGGCUUCACAGUCUGGUAGUGGGUCCUGGCUUAGGCAGGGAAGAUAAUCUUCUUAAGAAUGCAAAGGAGAUUAUUGAAAAGUCAAAAACAAGAGGAAUUCCAAUAAUUAUUGAUGCAGACGGACUUUGGCUUGUCGCUAAGGAUCCAUCGAUCAUCCAAGGUUAUCAAAGAUGCAUUUUAACACCCAACUUCAUGGAAUUCAGUCGUCUUUGUGAAGCAAUGCAUCAUGUAUCCCUGGAUGGCACUGACCUCAGGGUCACUGCUCAACAGCUGAGCAUCGCAUUGGGUAACGUGACCAUGUUAUUAAAGGGAGAAGAGGAUAUCAUCACUGAUGGCAAUCAAGUGUUAACAUGCAGUCAGGAGGGAAGUGGCCGUCGCUGUGGGGGGCAGGGAGAUCUGCUCUCUGGUUCGUUAGGAGUCUUCUCUCAUUGGACGUUCAGUUCUACUUUAAAUGCAACUGAAGGUAUGAAUCCUACACUGGUUGCUGCGUUCGGUGCUGCCUCACUGACCAGGCAGUGUAACAGGCAAGCCUUUCACAAAUAUGGCCGUGCCACCACCACAACCGACAUGAUCCAGGAAAUCAGCACCGCCUUCAGGAGGCUGUUUGAAAACUGAACUACUGUUUGUGCCCUCUACUUCAUCUGAUUUCCCUCAGGAUCUUCCCUUCUUAAUAAAGAAGAAAUGCAUAGAAACCAAAUAUACAAGUGUACAGCUAACACAAAUACCUUAUACCAGUGACAUACAUGAUGACAUACUUAUCAUAAUUUGGCACAUCCAGGAUCUACAUACUCAAGUGUCCACCAUUGUUUUUUUUUACUGUGUUGUAGCAAAGCAAUAGAGCAGUCUGAGUUAGAGAUGCACUGAUUUCAUUUAAUUUCCAUAGUAUAAAUGUUUUAAGCAUCAUACAGUACCCAUUAUCAGUCUGGCACCAAUGUCCACACAAUAAAGCCAUGAUUACACCAGAAACCAGACAUUUAUUUCUGCUUGCAAACUAAGCAAGACCAAGGUGGGACUUACAGAUUCGUGUUUAAACGUAUUGAGAUAGACUAAUAGAAUCUCAAAAUAUGCCUAAAAUGAAAAAUGCUGCUAAUUUGUUUGCAAGCUUUUGGAGGAAAGUAGUUGGAUAUCACAAUGUAUUAACCCAGUUUUACUGUUAGGACCGGAGUCUGAUGCACUUGCCCAACCAAAUGCUGCUCCUAUAUUCUACAUAGGACAGUAUAUAAAGGAUGUAAAAAUUCUACACAUCCCUGUCAAAAUACAUGUUUUUUGUGAUAUAACAAUGUGACUAAGAUGAAUAGUUUCAGAACUUUUUCCACCUUUAAUGUGACCUAUAAUCUGUUCAAUUUAGUUGAAAAACAAACAGAUUUUUAUUUAAAUAAUGUGGUUGCAUAACUAUGCACACCCUUAAACUAAUUAAUAAAUGCCACAUAUGUGCUAAACUGGUGAGGUGAAAUAGAAAUAGCACUGAUAAGUCUGCAAAAUAUUAAAAAUAUUUAAAACUUUAUUCAAAAAGUAUCUAAAAGUAUACAGGAAUUGUACAUGUGCUACAGGUUUUAUAUUAUAUAAGGUAGUGGUAUUGCACAUGUACAAAAUAACAGUAGUAUUACACAUUUAAAAAAAAAACCUUAUGUACUUGUAACUAACAUUUUUAGCUAAUACAGUAAUACUACUAACAGAAAUUAUUUCACUUUAUAAAAGUAUUAUACUUCUGGUAUAUUGUUGUACAUAAAACGUGUGUUAUAAUGAUGUUAAAGUAACUGGGGUAUUAGGCACUAAGGUGGCACAGCUGUAAAACACGCUAGCACACCAGAGCUGACAUUUCGAACUCGCCAUCCAGCAGGCUGGGCGCCUACACAAACAACGAUUGGCUUGUUGUUCAUUCAGGGCGGGUGCCGGACGGGACCUCAUAACCAAUGCAAUUACGACCAUCUCCUUGCUGAUGGCAGCUGCACAGAGACUGGGGGAUAAUGAGGAUCAGGGUGUGGCUCUCAGUACACAAAACUGAUCUGCAGGUGAAAAGAUGCAGUUGGCUACUGCACGCGUGUCGGAGGGGGCGUGUGUCAUUGUCGGCUCUCCUCAACCAGGGUGGAGAUCAGCAUCAGUAGAGAGGAAGCAUAAUGCAAUUGGGUAAUUGGAUAUGACUAGAUUGGGAGGAAAAAUUGGGAAAAAUGCAAAAAAGUGUGUUAAGAGGGUAUUAUGUGUUCAGUUUGACAAUGGCACUAUACUUUGUUGAAGCACUUUUUUUUUCAUUUUAGGUUAGUUAGGUAUCAGCAUGGCACAACUUUGCCCACUCUUCCUUGCAAAAGAUCUUUUUAGUAAAGUCAUUCUUUUGUUGUUGUGGAGUUAUGCUUUGGGUCGUUGUCAUCCUGAAAAGUUAAAUGUCUCUUCAUCUUCAGAUUUUUACAGGCCUAAAGGUAUUGAUUGAUGGAUAUUUGGAACUGUUCAUAAUUCCCUCCACCUUUACUAAAGCUCCAGCUCCAGCUGAAGAAAAACAGACCCAAAGCAUAAUGUUCCCACCACCAUGCUUCACUGGGGGUAUGGUCUUUUUUUGAUGUACAGUUCAGUUUUUGCACCAAAAAUACCUUUUGGAAUUAUUCAACAUUGGUCUCUGGGCAUGUAGGUUUUUGCAAAAUGUAGCCGGGCUUGGAUGUUUGGGUUGUUUUUUUUUGCCACCUUACUUCACAGCCCAGACUAUGAAGAAUACAGGAGAUUGUUUUCACAUGUAGUACACAGUACACUUGCCAGAAAAUCCUGCAGCUCCAUUAAUGUUCCUGUUGGCAUCAUUAAACAUCAAUCGAACUUCACAGAUUAUAGCGAUUAUAGGUCACAUUAAAAGUGGAAAUAAAUCUAAAAUAAUUUAUCUUGGUCUGAUUUUUUUAAUUCACAGCUAUUACCAGGGGUGUGUAGACUUUUAUAUCCACUGUAGUCCACCCUACCUUCUGCAAACUGCACCUUUUUCUAAAGAGUAAUUUUAGCUGGUAAGGAUGUGUAAUAAAUGUAUAAUAAAGUUGAACAGAGAUGUAUUCUGUUUACUGUUAAGCAAGAGCUAUUUAGUACCACACUGUUCUCAGUUCUAAUGGCAGCAUUAAUGUCAUCUGUUUGUCAUUAUGUCAGCUGAACUGUUCUUUAUUGAUAAUCAAUAUGAUCUAAAUACAUCCACUAUUCGACUCACUCUAAUGCAAGUAUGGUGUUAUUGAUGGACAUAAUGGACUAGUCAGUGAAGUGUUUAUUAACAUAAAUUGUAUAUUAAACCUAGUGGACAAACCAGCACCUCAGUUAUUAGAAUUAUUUUGCAGUAAGGAAAGUUUGUGGGUUCUUGUUUUACCCAGAAUUAAUUUUUUAGACAUGAAUCUUUGUUAUCCAGUUAUAGGCCCCUGUAAGUACCAGUUUUUAUGGUAUGUGUAAAAUAUCUGUGAAUUUUUUAUUUAAAUGUAUUAAAACAUCUUAAUUUUG